UCUUACUAAACAAGGCAAUAGAAGUCAGAAAUCAAAAGAUUCUGGGAGGGAAACGUAGUCAUUGAUUAAUGAAGGAGAAUCAAGAAUUGACAUCCAUUGUUUUUGCAAAAUUCGACGAAAAAUGGAAUCCAAACCAAUUUCCUGUCGAAGCGUUUUGGUUAGUUUGGCGAAUUCCCUGAUCAAUCUAGUUGUGGUGUCUCCACUGGUUGUUUGUUUCUGGAGAGGCACGUGGGAGAUAAUGGACGUUUACGUCUUCCCAGACGAUUUCGGACUCACUGCCUGGGUAUCUGUAGCCAUCGGCAACGCAAUCAUAUUUCUAUUUUCAAUUCUUCAAGAUUAUUUUUCAAAAUUGAACAAAUUAAAUAAUCCUUUCGUACAUUUUGUACUAUCUAGACUGUACGUGUACCUGUUGGGAUUCGGCUGUGUGAACCAAUGGCGUGGGGUGUGGUUCCUGCAGGACCACUACACCGGAAAGACAUGGCAAAGCGCCACCGGAAGUACCGUUAUUGGAGUGAGCGUUCUAUGUUGUUUGCGGUGCCUCAGUGGAAUUAUUGCAUCGCCCUUGGUACUGUUUAGGGAUAACGACAGGGAUAGUCUGUUUGUUAUUACAAAGAGAUUUUCAUCAAAAGUUGUGCCGGGUAUCAAGUUUGCAUUGGAUGUCUGUCUGACUGUCUUUUUCAUCAAUAACAUGGUGGUAUUCUUCUGGCGCGGGUCCUGGUCUCUUCUAGAUCUCUACCUCGUUCCAGAUUCCAUCAGCGUUUCCGGAGCAUACUCCUUCAUUAUCAGUUUCAGCUUGUCAAUACCGGUUUUACUCGGACAACACGGAGUCCAACGUUUGUCCGUAUAUCUCCACAAGAGGAUGUUCCUGUUACAGAUCUUUGUCGAGGACAUGUUCCUAGUGGUUGCCGGUACAUUGGCUGUCUGUCAUUGGAGAGGGGCAUGGCUUCUCCAGAAUGGGCUCCUCUUCCCUGACAACAAAGUGCUCAGUGUUUGGGUAUCGCACGCAGUCGGAAGUGUGGGGCUAGUGGUUCUGUUUUCUUCACGAAGCUACCUCACUUCAGGUUGUUUCAUAGACACGAUUAUUCAUAAAAUGGAAGGGCCAAUAUUUGAUAUUCGAUUUCUGAAAUGGGAAUUGGAGCAACGUAACGAAAAUUCCGAUAGCUACAACGUAGUUGAAACAAAGGUCGAUAUUCCAGCUUCCGAUUGUGAUUGUCCGGCGUCUGAAUCGCCGCCUCAAUGUGACGCACGAGCACCGCCAGAGUGUGACACACCACCGCUGGAAUGUGAUACAAGACUUUAGAUUUACGAUUGGCCAGGACAACAAUUCUCCUCUACAAGGAAUACAAUCGUUUAACUUUACAACAGGGUGUGGUUCUUAAGUUGGUAACCGGACAUUUCUAUUCUUGGACGAAAAAUUAACUGGUCUAACGUCAAUUGAUUCAGAUAAUAUCAUGAUAAAAAGUCGAUUUAACUAUACAUAAUCAUACUGCCAGUUGUUCUUCAGGACAGUUAAUGUACCGUCAAAUGUAUUGCAUGUUAAGGUGCCAGCGUGUCCUGCAAUACUUCAGACAGAUCUUAUGUGUGUUUUGUACGACCUCACUUAAUCAUUUACCAAGGUACUAUACCCUUGUGUUUACCAAGGUACUAUAUCCUUGUGUUUACCAGGGUAUUAUACCCUUGUGUUUACCAAGGUACUAUACCCUUGUGUUUACCAUGGUACUAUACCCUUGUGUUUACCAAGGUACUAUACCCUUGUG